UUUUUAUUUGAUGGGUAUAUUUUUAUUGAUGACAUUCAGUGUAUUCCAGAUGGAGAGGAAAUUUAAAAAGGAAAGAAAACAGAGAGCUGACGAAAAUCUUCGACUUAAACAGGAUGAAUCCAGAUUUUUCAAGGCUAUAAAAGAAGGUGAGGAGAAUAUAGUUGAAGACCUGUUAAAGGAUGAAAUUUUUGUGGCACAUUUACAAGAGAUGGAUAAACUGUCAUUGGCAUUUGUUCAGGUGGUUUUGUUGAAUAAUGUGAAGUUGUUGAAGAUACUUCUAAAUCAUGGGAUAGAUGUUCAUGCAACAGAUAGCAUGUUUGAAGAAAAUGGAAUUAUGCAUGCAGUCAGGUAUGGACAUAUAGAAAUGUUGGAAUGCCUAUUAUCGUGUGGUCUCGGAAUUAAUUACCAGAGUGAGAAUGGAUCUACAGCAUUACACGUAGCUGUUGAAAACGGCAAACACGAUUGUUUAAAAUAUCUUGUGAAUCUCAAGGGCAUAGAUCUUAAUAUAAAAGACUGUAGUGGAUAUUCCCCGUUGUUAUGGACGGCAAGGUUACGAGACUGGCGAGCAAUGGAAGUUUUAAUUAACGCUGGUUGCAAUAUUGACAGUAUUGAUUUUUGUAAGGGAAUAACAUGUCUUCACGUUGUUGUCGAUCAAGAAAGGGCAUUUUGGAAAGGCAGAAAUGCGAGUCCACAAGACAUUAAAAAAUGUAUAGAUUUGCUCGUUAAUGGGGGUAUUAAAAUUAAUAAAGGUGAUGUCUAUGGUAAUUCAGCAUUAAUAUAUGCAGUGAAAUCAAAUAAUUUGCCAGCUGUGAGAAGAUUGUUACAAUUAAACUGUGAUAUCGAAAACUGCUCGCAAGCUAGUAAUGCCGGAAUGCCAUAUUACUUUCAUAAAAAUCUUGCAGGGUCACAAUCCUCUCUUUUCCCACUUUACAUUGCAAUGGCCCGCCUUCAGGCAAGUUCUGUGAAAAUGUUAUGUGCAGCUGGUGCCCAGUACCACUUGUUGGCACGGGAACCAAACAUUCUGACUUUCCUUGAAUCAGCAUCUCCGGGGAUGAAGAGUAUGUUAGAAGAAAUGGUGUUUAAUCCUAUGUCAUUGAGGCAGGCGUGUAGGAUCGCUGUACGUAAAUCUAUUAAAGGAAAUAUUCUGGAAACGGCGGCAGAACUUCAGCUUCCUGUGUCCCUUGAGAAGUUUAUUUGCCUUGAUGACAUUAACAAUACAUAACUUGUGUGGUUGCUAGAGGCAACGUUAAAGACAUGCCAGUGUAACCAGCAUAAAGUCAGGGAAGCCUACCUGUAUGUGAAGUAUCACCAUACUUCAUACCAUUACCUGGUCUAUUUUAGCUUUCCAAUAUGGAAACCCCCAGAUAUAAAAAUGGACAGGUCCAUUAUACAAAUCUAGCAUGAAAAUUGAUGGCCUAUAAUACCAAUGUUUUAUGAAAAGUAAUGGCCUAUUAUAACAAUGUGUUGUUGUCAGAUAUUUGAAUAUAUGAUUGAAAUAAUUGUGAUAUAAUCUUAACUAUUAAGACCAUUUUUCUUCAGAAUCACAAAUGGCCUCAUUGGUGAGGUUCUACUGUAUCUUGAUUAAGAUUACAUGUACUACAUUGCCAGUAAUUAAGGCAUUGAUAAUAAUGACUUACCAAUGCGAUAUAUUUACAGUUCAACCAUCUUACACAUAUAUGACCUCUGACCUGAAAACAUAAUUAUAUUUUUGGCUACUUGUGUUCAAAUUCAUUUCCAAACUGGAGAGCAAGUUUAUUGUGUAAAUCAAACUGUGCAAGGUUUACCUAAUAGGCCAAGCUCAAUAUACUUUGAGAGCUUGUUCAGUUGUUUUUGUCACACAUAUUUGACUCCACUUACAUAGUACAGAGUACUGUUAUUAAGACAGGAUAUGAUUCAUUAUGAGUAGAUAUGAAAUUUAACUUAAGCAUGAUAAAUUGGUAAUUUAGAUUAUUUAGGAAAAUAUUUAUUAAUACUAGUAAAACUUCAAUGGUAAUUAUACACAUAUUAAUUCCAUGUUAUUUCUCUUAGCUGAUUUGACAGUGUUUUGUGAGUAAUUAAAAGCCAGCUAAAUGAAUACAGUCUAAUGUGUGUUAAAGACCGCCUUUGAUCAAAGGCCAAUAUGUAAAUACAGACAUCUAUUUUACCAAAAUACAACAGCAAACUCUGAAUAAAGACCACUUGUCUGUAAAGGCAAAUAACUUUAUGGUCUCUCAUUUAUUUGAGCUGUGUCAUGACAAAAUCAACAUAAUGGGUUUGCGACCAA